AUGUGGAAGUCGGUGCUCUCAGCCUUGUGGCUGGCCACGGCGGCUUGGGGCACGGCUAGCGCGGAGGAGGACAAUAUCAAGAGCAUAGGGCUGCGGACACACACUCUCAACCAGCCUUACCUGGACUCUGACAUGCAAAGUCGGUGGUACGACUUUGGUGGCGACGCGAUCAUUCGCACUGACCAAUACAUCCGCUUGACCUCCGACCACCCAUCACAAACCGGAUGGCUCUUCUCGAGGGUCCCCCUGACGGCGACGAAUUGGGAGAUCGAGGUGGAAUUCAAGAUCCACGGCAAGAACCAGCUAUACGGCGACGGCUUCGCCAUGUGGUUGACCAAAGAGCGGGGGAAGACCGGCCCCAUAUUCGGCAGCGCCGACAAAUUCGAGGGUCUCGGCAUCUUCUUCGACACGUACAAGAACAACCGGCCCGGCGUGGUGUUCCCUUACGUCAUGGCGAUGGUGGGCGACGGACAAAAGACCUACGACAAGGACACGGACGGCAAGGAGGCCGAGUUCGCGGGCUGCUCGGCGCGCGGGAUCCGGCACGCGACGAUUCCGACCAAGUUCCGCCUGACCUACUUCCAAGACAAGUCCCUCAAGCUGGAGUUGCAGUACAAGACCGAGGGCGAGUGGUCGCUGUGCUUCGAGACCGACAAGCCGCCCUCCAUCCCGCAGGUCGCCUACCUCGGCUUCACCUCGGAGACGGGCGAGCUCAGCGACAACCACGACAUCAUCUCCAUCGAUGCCAAGAACCUGUACUACUCCAAGACCCCCGGCGGGAAGACCACGCCCGGCAGCAACCGCGGCAAGAAGUCCAAGUCGGUCAAGAAGAGCGGUGGUAGCUGGUUCUGGUUCCUCUUCAAGACGGUGUUCUUCUUUGCGGCCAUCGGGGGUGCCUAUGUUGGGUACACCGCUUGGAGGACGAACAGCAAGCGGCACCACCGCUUUUGA